AUGUCACAGACGCCGUCAGACGAACCACCUCUGCCGGAGCCAGACACUAGCAAUAUCAGACGGUAUCCCAACCAAGCUCGCAAGCAGCAUGCAGCCCCAGCACGGAUGGAGUACCGCCACCGCACUAAGAACCGCAACACAGCGAAGCCCACACCUGCCGAAGUUGCCGCACAAGCAGCCAAACGCCAGGAGAACAAGGAGAAACAUCAGAAGGCGCUCGAGGUCGCAGGUAAGAAAACUUGGAAGAUCGCCGAGGGGCUCUCGGAGGAGUUGGGCGACCACCCCCUGGCCUACUACUCCAACUUUUUGAUGCAGCAGAGCAAAAUUUCUGACUCGACUCGCAAAACAAACAAGUGGAAUGCUUUUCUGUCUAAGGAAAUCAAAGCACUGAACGAGGACAAGGAAAAUAGCGGAGGAAUGCGUGAGCGUGCAGGAAACUUCUCCGCAGAGCUCAGUGCACGGUGGGCGAAUAUGACUCCCGAAGAGCAGGACGAAGCGGUGAAGGAUCAAAUUGAAGAGCUCGAUCAACGCCGGGAGAAUAAGAAGUAUGCCCCCCAUAACGUUUCCAUCAGCAGUUUCCAUGAUUCUCGCGCGACCCUGGAGAAGGUCGAGCGCGAGCUGAAGGCACUUCAUCAGCGCACUGGGGUUGAGAUCCUGUUCAGCGCUGUGCGCGGGGAUCAGAGCGACUUCCUUGCUCCGCACACCUGGUCCACUGAUGAGAAGCUCGAAGACUUCUUCCAAAUGACGUUCGGCAUGGAGUUCGGCCGGUUUACCGGUAAGCUGGAAUCGUAUGUUCUUUCAGGACUUUCAGGUGUCAAGAAGAAAGCAUAUGAGGACCUCAUGGAUCUCAAGAACAAGGUCAGCACGCUAAUAUUUGAGAAGUUUGAAGAAGCUGCGCGGCCUUUCGUUGUCAAGAAGAUGAACUAUGAGAACUUCGACAACGUGGCCACCCGCAAGCUUGCGCUUGUCAUUGACCAUUGGCCUCUCCCCGCCUUCCAAGCCCCCGGCAAGUUCAACACUAUUGCUGAACUUCGGACGCUUCACAAUGCUUGGCACAACGGGCACGCGCGCUUUCGCCGGCUUUCUCAAGACGAGCUCGCGCGUUGGGAGCAGGAGAAGCUCACGCAGCAUCAGCCGGAACCGCCUGUUGGCAUCGCCGGUCCCUCCGCUACGGUCGAUGCAUUGAUGCAGCCUCCCGCCUCUGAUGAUGCGCAGCCGGCCGCUGGCACUAGUCGUACUUUCGAGACCGCGUUCCCUGCCUCCGACACUCCUGCCGAUAACGCCGCGAAGAAGCCGCGCAAAGUGCGCAAGGAUGCUGGCACGAAGCGUGGCCCCAAUGCUCGGACACGUCGUGACAAGGUUGUAUAG